ACGACGAGGCGCCUCAGUCGACCGCCACCCUUCGCGACCGACGGUUCGUUCUCCAACGCGUGACUCGGAGAGUAAGAGCGGAGCGAGUCCACCUGCCUGUGUCGGAGUGUUUAUCCUCUGUCUCGAGCGCGCAGCGAGCCUCAUCUUCGAGGGAUACGUUCCAUUUGACGAGAUUUCGAGGUGCGCGUGUCUGCGCUACUUUGCGGUGCGUGCGAAUCGCGGAGGGUGGACCGAGGGGGUGCGUCGUGCCUACUCGCGGAACGGGUGCAUUCGGAUCUCCCUCUCCCUCCUUCACCUACCCUUACGAGUGCGAGUUACUAUGCGUCACCACCGAGUUUGAGGAGUCUCCUCGUCAUUGAGAAACGCUGAACUGCAGAGACAGAAUUUAACCAGCGCGAUUAGCCGUUUCCAACUGAAACAAUGAACGGACCAGUUUACGCGUCAUCCUGUCCCGCACUGCAGUCGAAUCUGUCGCUACACAGCUCAUCCUAUUACAGCGAGUACAGCGGCACCACACGAAGACGGCUGUCCUCGACGGGCGAGGCGGAUACUUCCGCAACGUCGAGUUACGAGGGUAGUGACAGCUCCGAGAACAGCGACGAGUCUCGUCUCGAUCCGGUUAGCCAGAUGGAACGAGAGCAGCUCGAGACCUUCUUUCGCGGAUUAAAAUCUCAGGUAUUUGUCUGCGAAUCACUGGCGAACCUGUAUCUCGGUAGCGCCUCUCAGACAGAGAGAUGGGAGCUCCGUUUCACCGGAAUUCCCGUGGUGGUUCUUGAUCUUGGGGAAACACGAUCAAGAUCCAAGAGACGGAUUCAAAUCUUAUUGGCAGAACGCGGUACUUGCUUCACCCUCUGGCGCGAAACUAUCGACAACCUCUCAUCAUACAAGGUGUCGGGACCGGCUUUUCAUACGAUGUGUCUCUCGUCGGAUCACACUCGCCUGGCUGGGCUCAGCUUCGACAACUCGAAGGCGGCGAACGAUCUGUGGCACCACAUAGAGCGCCUCGUGUCCUGCCCGGAGAACAUCAGCCUAUCGGCGCCGGGCAAGAAGAAGAAGAAACCGGUGCAGAAGAAGGUGGUGCUGCCAGCCAAAAGCAACAUCAGUCAGCCGUGCCAGUUCCAACACGUGACUAGCGUGGACGCCGCCGAUCGUUCGCGUUACUUCUCGCUGCAGACGCUGGUGCCGGCGCUGAGCGAGCUCGAGAGCUCGCUGGAGGCGAACUUCUGAGACAAGCCUGACGCCCCCAAGCUCUCAUAGGGACGACGCAGCGCGACGCCCGAUCCCCGUCUUCUUCUCCGGAAGUAAUCCUAUCGAGGAAGAAGAAGGAUCCGGUUAAUGUCGCGUGCGGAAGAACAGAUGAAGUCUAGGAGACUCGCGCACACGGACGUCUCGCGGAUCGCAAAUUGUGUUGAGAGCUGUCGAAGGGAGGCGAACGCUGAAAAGCGACACCGUGGAUUUCGGAUCGGAAAUCCUUUUAUCUUCUUGCUCUUCCUCCGAAGUAGUUGUAGAAGGUCUAAGAGCCAAGACGGAGAGGAGAUAUAUCGACGAAGCUUUAACGACAAAAAGAGAAGGCGGAUACUUUUCUCGCUAAAAUCCCUCGCGGCUCCCGGUAGUUUUACUCGGAUUCAUCUUUAUCUUCUCUCGUGUCCUCCCCCCUCCCCCCGAUAUAAUCAGCCAACUAGUUGGUAACAAUUUACGGUUAAGUAAGACGCCCUGAAUUCCGAGUUCGCGUUAUCCUUAUACUCUUGACCGGAUCAGCGUCGUCCGUGAAAGCCGUAAAGCUGAACUCGAAGGGUCUCGAGGAGAUAGAAAAGCGCGAACAAUCGCGACGGGACGGGAAAGGAAAAGGAGAUUCGUGUCUCCCCCGAAAUAGACUAAUCCGUUAGUGUCACGCGCGCGAACUACGAGAGCGUCCGCAGGCCAAGGCGGCACAUUCAUCAAUCUUCUCUUCUAAGUACUCUCGAGAGUGACUGCGAUUGAUGUCCGCGGCUGCGAAUCCUGACUGCAGCCCCGAGACGAAACAGAAAGUAUAUCCCCGAGGCUCUUUGGUGAGAGACUCUUCGAGUCUCACGUCACGCGCCACGCUCCACACACUCUUUCUCUUCGAAGAGCCCUUCGAGUCGUAACUAUCGAUGUCGUGAGAUUUAUUAUAUAGACGCAAAGAAAGUCUCUAUCGAACGUUACGGCGAUAAAUGAUCGUUCCGUGAUGAAACGUUCACGUCCGGGGAACGCUGUUGAAUAGAAUAUUUCAUUAUCAGAUACACCACACGAAAGAUAUCUGGUGUUGAACUCUUAAUUUCUGGAUAAAGUAGGGAAAGAAAUUAAUCAAAAUGAAAAUAUCGAAGAUGAUGAUUGUAAAUGUAACGAUAGAGAUAAAGAUUCCUUUUAAUUGCGUAUAUGAGAUACAUUUACGGUCUUCUUUACUUUUUGUGUGUAAAGUAGAGAGAUUUUUGUUUAUAUUUUUAUUUCGCAUGUACGAUGGUUCCACGAUGUACCUAUUUUAAAGAAUCUUUUAGAGAUUCGUAAAAGCAGGACAGCCGGCCGUCUUGUCGCACUUUGCAAUUCGAAUGCGGCGAUGUAAUGUGAGGGGAAGAAUAAGCGCUUUCGUAAUGGAAUGUCAAAGACGCGAAACCUUGACACGAAAACCAAACAGCGGAGCAUGCGAUUAGAAAGAAUCAUGCAAAUGUAUGCAAAAUGUAUUUCCGGGGGCAUUCGUAUCGGUUGUGUACACAUUGUUGCUAUUCACUGCGAGAAGGAGGCUUUCUCCCCGGCGAGCGGAGGGAAAUGUACGGCUGUGUCUCGUACAUUCUCGUAAUUAAAGGCGGGCACGCUGCCGCGAUGGAAACGGUGUCGAAAAGGCUAUCAAAGUGCACAAUGUGAAUAACUGCGACAAAACCGUUUGUUAUGGCGAAAUUAAGUUUAAUGCUUUCCCGAUCGCAUUCACCACGUAAAAUGCCAACGACUUCACAAGGGAAGACGCAAUGGCAGUUAUCUUCAAUUGCAGGAAAAUCCAUUUGCUUUAUUGUUGUUCGAAGAAAGGACAGGUCCUGCUGAUUCAACGUAUAUUGCAGCAAAACGACGCUUUAGAUUAGCGAAGUAUUCGAGCGUUUCGAAAUAUUAUGGCAUAGUAAUUAAAAUAAUGUUAGACAGGACGUUGUGACAAAGAAAAAAUUGACACAUUCGAAAAGAACAGCCAGUUCUUCGUAACGUAGUAUGUUAAACGUAAAACAAGUCACUGACGUCUCAAUGUGGAUUCGUAAUUAUAAGUACGCGAGAUUGAUGCGCGAGAUUUAUGUAAGCGACAUAGAAGUCGAUAAAUCAAAGAACGAAAUACUGCCGAUUCAACUGCAAAAUAAAAUUAUUAAGAUUUAAGAGCGAAUACUGGAAACGAACAUCGUGCCAAAACGUGCUUGAACCAGAGCGGGUCUUGAUUAAUUGAUAUUCGAAGGAUUGAGUAUCACGCGCUUCCACUUUACACACAAGACUUGAAAAGCCGCAGUCCGCGAUUAAGAUUAUCACAACAAAUUGACCAGCGCGUUUCCAGUAAGCUCGUAACGCUCGCGUAACACAUUAUACGAUGUUAGAUUACUAAUUAGGUAGAAUUAGUCGGAUUGACGUGUCCAUCUAUAACAAAUCCUACUUCCUGCCCUCCGAGUCGUUAAUGUGUCCGUAGAUUUCGGUAGAAAUUCUCGAUCUUGUUGUCGACAACAUGUGUACGCUCGAUAAAAUGUUAAACUAUGAAGAUCUACAAUCAUCAAUUCUAUCCAAGUGAAAUAAUAUUAAAGAAUUGAUUUUUAAGUAGACGUUCUCUUAAGUCAAACUGGGACGUUCCAUGUUGCAGUAAAAAUGUUGUUGCAAGAAUUUAACUUUGCACCUCGAAGCUUAUAGUUUUACAUAAAUUUUCUUUCAAUACAAUCGGUUGUAUUUUUUUUUUAAUUUUAUAGAAGUUUCUUUCCAAUCUUUCUUUCGUAUUAUUUCACUUAGACGUACUUGGUCCAUAACUAAAAUAAAAUGAAGAUAAGUAUUCUGCCCGAGGAAGACGUGCGCGAGAAUGUCGUUUCACGACGUUCGUAAGAAGACUGGUUUUACCAUCCCGCAAACGUAUAAGCACACUUAACAAUAGGUACCUAUGUAAUAACACAGUGGUCUUUAAAAACGACUUGAUUUUAUUCUUAGAAUCAUCUACGUGAACGUCCCUUCACAGCGUCAUUCUCGAUUAUAUCGCUUCGAAACUUCCGUUUCGCUGGGCGGAGAAACGCGCACGCGUGUGUUUCGCUAUUAUAUCCAUUGCGAAUCAAAUUUUUAGCGAUUAAGAUUAAUUAGCGUGUCAGUAUGUAUAUCUAAGUUAGGCUCGCCCAGAGAAAUCUUUUUAUCCUAGACGUAAUACUUUCCGCGGGAUUUAUACGAACAGUUUGAUCAUGUGAGUCGUAAGUUUUUUCUUUCAGGAGAAGUCUGGGCGAUUAUUCUAGGCGUUUCAAUAGAUAUUGUAACUUCGAAUUAAUACUAAUUUCAUUAUCUACGACUGUGAUAUAAAUAUAUGUAUUUGUAUCGUUACGUUUCGUAACAUGUAUCCGCAUUAAUCAAUCACUUGGAGAAAUAAGUUUAUGAAUAUUCUAUGUAAUGAUAAUUAUUGUGCUAAUAAAUAGUAAAACUUCAUGAAACAAAAUA